GAUAAUUAUUAAUCCCAUGAAGGAGAAUCUUGAAUGAUUAAAGGUGGCUAUUUUGAGUAUGAAUGCUCCGUUUCUUUAAAUACUUGAGUCCACCCGAGGAUGAUUUUCCUGAUCUAUGAUUUGAUGUGGUCCUUUUCUUUUCUGCAAAUGAUGUUCGUUUGUUUAUCUAAAUCACCAGAUGGCUCUCUCAUAGUAGUGAUCUGAUAUUUUCCGCUCUCCGCGGUUCUGUAUUCUAAUAAAUCAGUGCUGUUCUCUCUUCUGCUUUCUAAUAUGGUUGGUCGCAGGCAGAUUAAAUCAUUAUUUGCUGAUUGAUGAUCAUUAUCGGAUUAGAUAUUUAUCUGGUACUAUCUCAGUCAGCUUCUGAUUUUGGCGGUUGAUUGAGAAUGACUGAAACUCCCUCUUCCUUCGCCAUCUCCGUUGCUGGCUGUGAGAAGAACCAGGGUUGGUCUUCCUCUUCUGCUCAUGUCUCCUGAUUUGGAUAACCCUAUUCAGACCCAGAUGGCUGUGGCACUUUUUAAGAGUCCGUUUGGUAGCAGGGAGUACCAUGGAACCAAUAGGACCGAAGGGAAACUGACAGGAAGGAGACGCGUUUUUGUGCAAACCGAGACAGGUUGUGUUCUAGGAAUGGAGUUAGACCGGAGUGACAAUGCAAAUACCGUGAAGAGGAGGUUGCAGCUUGCCCUGAACUUUCCCACUGAGGAAAGUUCUUUGACAUUUGGUGAUACAGUAUUGAAAAAUGACCUCAGUGCCGUUCGAAAUGACUCCCCACUUCUUCUGAGACGGAAUGUAAUUCAUAGAAGCUCUUCAACUCCAUGUCUCUCACCCACUGGCAGUGACAUCCAACAAAAGGAUCAGAGUGGCCCUAUAGAGGUACUGGGGCACUCGAAUUCCUUCGCCAAGACCAAACAACUUGUUAAGGAAAUUAUCAAGGCAAUGAAUAAUGGAGUUGAUCCACUCCCUGUUCAUAGUGGCCUUGGAGGGGCUUAUUACUUCAGAAACAUUAGAAAUGAAAGUGUUGCCAUUGUGAAGCCUACAGAUGAAGAACCUUUUGCACCAAACAAUCCGAAGUGCUUUGUUGGCAAAGCUCUUGGGCAACCGGGCUUAAAACGUACAGUGAGGGUCGGGGAAACAGGAUACAGAGAAGUGACUGCUUAUCUUCUUGACUAUGAUCAUUUCGCAAAUGUGCCACCCACGGCAUUAGUGAAGAUCACCCACUCGAUCUUCAAUGUUAAUGGUGUGAAUGGAAACAAGCCUCCGAGCAAGAAGCUUGUCAGCAAGAUUGCAUCCUUUCAACAGUUCAUUCAGCAUGAUUUUGAUGCCAGCGAUCAUGGAACCUCAAAUUUCCCUGUUUCUGCCAUGCAUCGCAUCGGGAUAUUAGACAUUAGGAUUCUUAACACAGAUAGGCAUGCGGGUAAUCUUUUAGUUAGGAAGCUUGAUGGUGUUGAGAGGUUUGGUCAAGUGGAACUUAUUCCUAUUGAUCAUGGCCUCUGCUUGCCUGAGAGUUUGGAAGAUCCAUAUUUUGAGUGGAUUCAUUGGCCUCAAGCUUCAAUACCAUUCUCAGAUGAUGAACUUCAGUAUAUAGAAAAUCUUGAUCCCAUUCAGGACUCAGAGAUGCUGCGAAGAGAGCUCCCCAUGAUUCGAGAGGCUUGUCUACGUGUCCUGGUCCUCUGUACAAUUUUCCUUAAAGAAGCUGCGGCAUAUGGGCUUUUCCUUGCUGAUAUAGGCGAGAUGAUGAGUAGGGAAUUCCACAACGGUAAGGAGGAACCUAGUGAGCUUGAGGCUAUAUGCAUCGAGGCAAGACGGCUGAUUGCCGAGGACAUGACGCCCAAGGCUGAAGCUGACGUCCAGGAAUUUCAAUUUGAUAUAGAUUACGAAGAUGGUGGAUCUGACUUGAACCCAAAAUUGGCCUUUGAGGACUUCAUGGCAGAUUUUGGAUUUGGAGGUGUUAAUGCAUUUACUCCUCUUUCUAAGCUAGAGGAAACCAUUGAAGAGGAAGAGGAAAAUGAGGGAGAAGAGUUGGAAAAGGAAUUCACUGGGGAUCCGGUCCUUGAAAGGAUCUCGACCAUUUCAAAGCCAUCUAUGUCGCUUAAAAAUACAAACUUAAGUGAGAAGAGCCAUAAGUUCCCAAAAUUUUCUGGAGCAAAGCCUGACUACUGUUAUCUUGCUAGUUCAUCAUCAGGCCAUGGGACUGCAAACGAGCUGCUUCCCACGAGUGUGAGCUUUGUGAAGCUAGCAGACAUGAAUGAGGAAGAAUGGGAAAUGUUUUUAGAGAAGUUACAGAAGCUUUUGUACCCAGCAUUUGCUAAGCGCAAGUUUUUGACCAUUGGUCAGAAGCAACGACAGAGGCUCGGGACUUCUUGCCAGUUUUGAGAGAUAUAUGACUACCACAUGUUGCUAUUACAGACGGAAGAAUAAGAUGACAAGCUUGUUGAAGGAUUUUUAGGGUAAUUGGGUUUAUGAUUUCUCGUAGCCGUAGGGUAGGAGUAGUAGCAAGACGUAGUGAUGUAAAUAUUCUUGCACCUCGCUUGGCUUUUGAUCUGUACUUCAAAAGUUGAGUAGUCAGAAUUUAAGUUUGUCGAGAGUAUUAGAUUAAGGUCUAUUUGACAUAUAUUAUUGUGCACAUUGUAUCUGAUUAAUAAUUGUAUUGCAUCA